UACUCUCAACUGAGUAACUCAAAGACAGACUCUUACAAGCACCACACAGGUUUAUCAUCACCAGAGAGAGCACAGAAUCAACAAGAGACGGACUUUCAAGCACCAUCAAGAAAGGAGAUCUUACAAACUCAGUCAAUGAGUUCUACCAUGAAUGGAAAACUUCACGUUUGAAGAUGAACUUGGAUUAAGCGGAUUACAUUGAUCUGCAUAACUGGUAAUCUCUCAUCUGACACGCUCUUAUUGACGUGAACAUUCAGGAAAGGCGCAUUUCCAAAGCUUUUUCUUUUUAACCCUACAUUUAUUGUAAAGUGAUUUGGAUACUGCAAGUACCUGAUCAUGGCUGAGGAGAGACUUAUUCACCUGUUGAAUACAACUUGGAUAGUUUUUCUCAUGCAAGUUUUGUGUGUAAGGGGCAGUAAGCUGUGGGAAGUGCCCACCGCCCCACUCGUACCCCAUGCCAACCUCAGCACAAGACUGUUUUGGGAGCCACAAUGCCAGACUCAGCUACGCCAUCUACAGAACGAAGCAAGAAUCACAGCCACCAUACCACCCAAACUGGAGGGCCACUGGGUGUCAAGCAGAUGUGAAGUGCGACCCGGCCCAGAAUUCCUCACUCGAUCCUACACAUUUUACCAAAGCCCCACACGUCUCUUCAGGGCCCUCCAGCAUUAUUACUCUGACAGCGAGUGCCACAUCCCAACCUACUCUCUUGUAAUCAGGGGUAAGCUGCGGCUACGCCAAGCGUCGUGGAUCACCCGUGGAGCCACUGAAGCAGAGCACCACCUCCAUAAAGUAGGAAUGGUCAUUCACAGCCAGAAGGCCAUUCAUCAUCUCUCUACCCGCCUGCCCUCUUCCUGCCUGGGGCUCAAAUCUGGAGGACACCUGGUGCCUCAUCGCUUCUAUGAACUCUUUAAUGCCAAAGCAGAGAAAGACUGCCUGGGUGCUCUCGGGUUCUCCAUGAUGGAACUGGAGUUGCUGCGGGUGGAGACCCAUCACCAUCUGCACAGCAGGCCGGCUCAGGAGCUGUUCUUAGGGGAUGUGCACACAGACUGGAACGAAAGGGUGCACCACAGACCAACUGGUUAUCAGGAGCCUCUGCAGAAUGCUAUGCACCACAUCCACCCAUGCCCAGUGUGCGCCCUGGUAUACCGAGCCUCUGAACAGCAUCCACCCAUCCUUCCUCCAUCCCCUUCCAUCCCUCUGCAUCUAAAUGGAAACUGGGUGAGUCAACACUGCGAGUCCCAUCCAGCCGUCCUCUUCCUCACUCGUCUUUUUGUUUUCAAUGAGGAGCAACGCACUUGGGAGGGGACCUACCAACAUUACUCCGACCCAAUGUGCCGCCAGCCCAGCUUUACACUAUUGGCAUCAGGUCAUUAUGUUAAAGUGGGACAAUCCGCUAAAGUACAUGGGGCCACCGCGCUCGUCUUUAAGGUGACACGAGCAAAAGUGAUCGUGUAUGACCAAGCACUGCUGCAGGAAUUUAAUUCAACGCAAAAUGGGAGAUGUGGGCAGCCGGGUGGGUGGGAGACGGGCGUCGCGCAAGACAUAACCUGGACAAACGGAUGCGACGCAUUGGGGAUACGACUUCCGCACAAAGAGUAUGAGCUGUUUAAGAUGGGGGUGGAUAAUAAAGGGCACCCCCUGUUGUUUAAUGGGAAAAGGCCCACGGAUGGAUCCAGCCCGGAUAGACCUGCAAAAAGGCCAACGUCCUUUCAGACACCAAUGGUGCAAUGCAGCACAAGGGUUGGGGUGGAGCCACGCUACAAUUCCUUCAGUGAUCAUUCAAUGGGACCUAAGAUAAGCUCUGCUAAUGCACUGCACUCUUCGUUGAUUCUGCUGUCUGUAUUAAAUGCAUGGUGCUGGAAUAUUUAUCUUUUCUAAAAUAUGACAUGCCAUUCAUGUUCACUGAUCAAAUUCUGACCCAUUUAUUACGGGCAUUGUACAAUCUGAUAGACUGGAGGAGGAUUGUUCUCUUUGGUGCUAUAACAAAACGCUUGCUGCAAAUGCUCUGAAAUAUGACACUUUUUUUUUAUCUAAGAAAUUUUCAUAAAGCAACAUUUUUACAUCGAAACCUCCUUUUAUCAUAUAGUAUAUCAACAUUAAUUUUUGAUGUCUGUCAUUUGGAGCGUUGCUUCAUAUGAACUCCAGAAGAAUGCUACAUGGAUAUCUAUUCAAAACCUGAAUGUUCUGUAGAAAGUAUAUUUGCCAACAUUCCAUCAAGAUAAACAGUUACAUGUAAAAUACUUCAAAUACUUACCAGUGCACAAACAAUGGUGUGAUUUUGGGGUGGGACUAUCUGUCUGACCGACCAACGGGAGGCAGGAGUAUUCGAGGAACCUGUUUGAAAACAGUCAUUAUAUCUGCAAUUCUUCAGCUUUAAAACCAGAUGUGGGAGAUACAGAUAGACAUUCAGAUUUUCUUUCAACUGUAAAUGAAGAAAGAAGAUUUCCCC